AUGGCGAUAGGGUUCAUGAGGAUGAAAUUCGAAACGCACGUAGAAGCCUUGUACACGCCGAUAGGAAGUCAGGCAUAUACGGACAGAGAUAAAGUGGCGCGAAUAUUCCCAGAUAAAACUGGGGUGAACUUCAACAUGUUUAGCCUAGUCGACCUCGGUAUGUAUGGACAAGUGAUGAUACGGACUAAGGACGGCUCCACCAUCCUCAACGAGACGUUCAUUGAGGAGAUAGAAAUGAUUGAUAAGUUCAUCAGUAACAUCACUGUUACAGACGCUGCCAGUGGGGAGGAGAAGGCUUACCCAGAUAUCUGUGCGCUAAAUAGUGACGGCUGCGGUCUCUUCGGUAAAAUCAUUUUUACAAAGUUAUUUCGGUAUCAAAUGCAUGCCAACAAUAUAUCAUUUCCCGAGUUUAACAGAGAAGCCAUUUCACCGAUCUUUGGCAAUACAACUGUUAAAAAUGGAACUUUGAAUUUCGCAUCCAUGGUGAAACUGAGGUAUUACCUUCGCACGGACACCCCUCGAAAUAGAUACUUCUCUCGAAAGUGGGAGCAAGUUUUUGUAGAAAGAAUGAAGGAUGUUGUCACCAACCUCACAGAAGUUGCGUAUGAGAAUUCAGAAUCCUUAAAUGUGGAACUGAAUGGCAACACCGACGGACGCGAUACCAGUCUUUUUUCUAUAACGUUCACUAUCAUGCUGUUUUAUGCUGGGUUCGCUACUUCCGGUGGGGAUUGCGUAUCACAGCGACAGAAUCUAGGAAGAGCAGGGGUUCUUACAACUCUGAUCAGUAUUGCAGCCUCAUUUGGACUCGUCAGUGCUUGUGGUGUCGAGUUUGUCAACAUUGUAGGGGUGAUGCCGUUUUUACUUGUCGGUAUAGGACUAGAUGACAUGUUUAUCCUGCUGUCCGGCCUCGCAGAUGCUCCGGUCUCGUACAGUAUCGAAGACAAAAUUAAGCAGACUUUGAGGACGAGUGGCGUCGCCAUCACUAUCACGUCACUAACAGACUUCCUGGCUUUCGCCAUUGGGGCUUCCUCAGUGUUCCUCAGCGUCAGGAACUUCUGUAUAUAUACAGGGGUAGGCGUCCUAGUGUGUUACAUCAACCAGCUUACGUUCUUCGUCCCUUGUAUGGUACUCAACGAGCGACGAAUGGCCAGUCGGAGACACUGCCUCACCUGUCUCCCCAUAGAGUCCCGGGAACACCUACAGUCACAGGGGAAAUCCCGCCGACACGUCCGCUGUUGUGGGGGUUCGCCACCUAGAGGCAGAAUGGACAAUGAAAGUCCGCUGGAGCGAAUUCCAAAACUAGUGCUUCAGCGGUUUGUACUUUUUCCACCAUGUAAAGUGCUAAUUCUGUUAGCGUUUGGUGCAUACCUUGGACUUUCUAUUUAUGGAACAAUCAAUGUCCAACAGGGUCUAAAGCUAAGUAACUUGGCCGAUCAGAAAUCUUAUUAUUAUAAGUACGCCAUAUGGGACGAGGACUACUUUACAACUCAAAUGAUUGUUUCCUUCGUUUUUCAGUCUACACUUAAUUAUACCGACGCAAACACUGUUAAACAUAUCGACCAUUUGGUCGAAACUAUAAAAAGCGAAUCUUCAACAGUGACGUAUAUUCCCGAAUGGAAUUGGCUGGAACAAUACAAGGAAUCCGUAUUUCUAAGACUAUUAGGUAAUUCAUCUAAUGUCUUCGAAGAAGGUUUAAAAUUAUACUUGCAAUACAGACCUGAUCUUGUGAAUAAUGUCAUAUUUGACGACAAUGGAAACAUAGCGGCCUCACGGAUAAACAUUAUCACGAAGAAUCUUAAGCAUUCUACUCAGCAAGGUGAGAUGAUGCUCCGAAUGCGUGAGAUAGCCGCCGCUUCGGAGCUUAAUGUACUUGUCCACUCUGCUCCCUUUAUCUACUUUGAACAAUUUGUGGCUAUUCUACCCAGCACACUGACCACAGUGGGAAUAGCCGUCAUCGUGAUGAUCUUAGUGACCGCGCUGUUCAUGCCUCAUCCUCUACUCGUGGCCCUGGUUGGUCUAACAAUGAUCAUGAUCCUCCUUGGUCUAUUUGGCUUCAUGUAUUUCUGGGACCUGACCCUCAGCUCCGUCACUAUGAUCCACCUCAUCAUGAGUAUCGGGUUUUCUGUGGACUUUAGUGCACACAUCUGCCACGCGUACAUAUGUAUGGAAGGCACGUGCAGGAACUCUAUCGUCAGUGCCGCUAUAACCCGGUCCGGGGGCCCGAUAUUUAAUGCUGCCAUCUCUACCAUACUUGGCGUUAUUGUACUAGUAUUUUCGACAUCAUAUAUUUUUCAGUCUUUUUUCAAAUUGAUGUUUUUAGUGAUGCUGUUCGGAUUUGCCCAUUCCCUGUUUCUAUUGCCGGUUCUGCUGUCACUUAUAGGACCAGAGGUGAAUGUUAUACCCCUUAUAAAAGAAAACCGAAAACAGUACAAGCAGCGGAUUUUGUCCCAUGAUAAACUCCACCAUGACAUUAAAGGAUUUCAGUCGGAAGUCGAAGAUAAGCAACUUGGUUACUCAAACAACGCUUUCCUAAAGGACUCUGGAUCCAAGGAGGAAAUCUCCGGCAACCAAUAUGAAACCAUGGAUAACGUUAUGCGUAGUAGCGAAACCGCAGCCAGUGACAAUGAAGAAGCUUCAGAUCACCAAUACGAAAACAUAGAUGACGUUAAACACGUUAAUGACACAAGCAUAGCCGUUGCUAUGGUGACUGCGGAGGACAAUUACAUGAGUCAUUUAUGAAGUAAGAUAUAGACAUGUGCGUUUAUUUUUCCUCUGUUUAGCCAACAUUGUUUUUGUUUGUAUUCAUAAUAUGCACUUGGUUUCCAUUUUAUGUCUAUAUGUCUGUUUUAUCACAGCUUGACGAGGUGUUUGCCUGUCUGAAUGUAUGUCAUUGAUUGAUGAGGAAUUUUAGUUUCUUGUACGUUUCAUUAUUUGUUGAUCAGGUGAUUUCGUAGUAAGACGCAAUUUUCACGUCUGGAUGUGUGUUACGUCACUGGCUUGGAAUGAAAGUCUGUUUUUUUCCAAGUCUUGAUGUCUAUUACCUUAGUAGCUAAUACGGUUUCUCCAAAUCUGGAUGUAUGUGACGUCAUUAUCUGAUGGCUGUAUUUAGCUUAGUAUAAUCAGAUAAAGUGAUAACGUAAGUAUGAUAAGUAUAUUGAUAUCAUUGUAAUAGACAGUUAGGGUAAAGACGUGGCUUUAUGUAUAGGUAAGGAUAGUAGUUGUUGUUGUUUUAAAGGUGAAACAUUUAGCUACAGUAGCACCUCAUCGACCUGUUCUGUCCGUCAUGUAUAAGCUGUACGAUAAGCGGGACAAUAUCGAUAUUCCGACCUUGAACUUUGCUUUUUUAUGCUACCAUCACCCUGCCUUCCCUAUUUUCGGUGUUUACAGGUCCCAGGCGAUAUUCAUUGGUUUGCUCUGGAAAUCAAAGCUUAUUGAUAUAUGACGACUGCUGACCCACAAACUUAAGGAAUUAGAAGAUAAGGGUUGAUGAGAACAAGUGUAUGGGGUCGUUAUCAUGAUCUCAUAUAGGGAAACAGGUCAUUCCAUUGUGUGAUAUGAAGGUCGAUAUUUAUAUUAUGCUCCUUAUCACGGUUUUAUUGUAACUAGCCAAGUUCUCGACUUGAAGACAAGAGAUUGCUUGGUACAUUGUAUAUGGCGGUUGUUGCCAUUGAAGCAGAAGUCGCCUGCCCUUCCCCAACAUCUUACUCCUUCCUUUGUCCACAUACUGACCUACUUUUAUCGAUUGUGUGUUCGUUAUUUGGUUUUGUUGACACUUCGGCAUACUCUUGUUGUUUUUCAGGAAACAAUUCACUUUUGGAUAUUUUUUUCUCAAAAAACACUUAAUCGAUUAAAAGCAAACAUUUGAGUCUGGUUUUAAUUCUAAAAAAAUAGCAUUUUAUAACUGGUAUACUGCAAAUUACUUGCACUUUGAUUGGUGGUGAUUAUCAGCUAUAUAUUAUGAUAUAUGUUGGUCACUCCGCAACAUUUUUUUGUCGGCGAACCACAUGUUACCUUGCUCUAUACUAUCAUUUUUCUGUGCCACGUCACAACAGCAGAACGCUAUUGUAUCACGACACAAGGGACAACUAAGGCUCAUUGGCUUCGUGUAAGUAAUGGUAGUUCUAAGGUUAAACGUACUCAUAGCUUCGUUAAUUAUGAAAAUUGUGUGAUGAUAGCAGUCACUGUGGUUAUACAGGUGUCAACAUAUCGAAACUAGUUAAUUACGUGUCACUGUGGUUAUACAGGUGUCAACAUAUCGAAACUAGUUAAUUACGUUUGAAUACAAGCACCAAAAUUUAGAAGCGCUCUUGUGUGCGAUCUCCGCCUUGAUAGGUAAUUUUAAUAUUGAUUUUGGUAUUGUACGGUGGAAAAAUUUAGAAAUUAAUAAAAAAAAACUCUAGUUGAUAUUUUUGUAAGCAUUGCCGAGCGCAGCGAGACGAUUUCUUUAUAUAUUUUACAACAUAUAAGAAUGUGGUUUUCACAAAAUCUAAAUGCCCAAGGUUUUGGACCAAAAUCCAUUGCAAUAAUGUAUUAUACUUUUUUAAAAUUUGCCUUGAUAUAUUAGUAUCAGGCAUAACAUAAACAAAACAAAAAGACUAGAAGAAGCGCUGUGGUUUGUUUUCAAAUGUGAUGAUAGUGUAUUUAAAACUUUUUUCUUAUUUGACAAAGUUCUCUACCGGCAUAAGAAUAUGACAACUAAAUAUAACGUUACAAAGUGUUACUUUUUCUCUCGUAUAUAGAUUAGGGGUAAUACUCUAGGUCAGAUAGAGACGCUGAUUGUUUUGUCAAAGUAAGGGAACAUUCAUUUAAAUUAUUGCCUUGAUUCCUAAUAAACAUACAUUGAAAAAGAACUGAAAAUUAAAAAGAAAAGACAUUAAAACGAGUUUCACUAAUCAAAGGGUCACUCCCCACUGCCCUGCUUCGUCCGCUUUUAAACAUUAUCAUUAUUACGGUAAUUAGGUUGAAAUGUGUAAUGGUGGUAUUUCAUCUGCCAAUAGAAGUGAGAUAUAAUCAUAUCUUCGGUAAUUCUGUUUAUUUUAAUAUAAAAUUAGAGAAGUUUUUUUGGUAAUAAAGGUAUAAUAUUACAAAAUCUAAGGUAGUAAUGGUGAUAUAUAUGCGUGUUAUUUAAGUAGUUCAUGUGGCUAUAAAGAUGUUGCAUUAUAAUAGCUACGGUAAUUAUGUUGAUAUAAAUGUGUAGAAAUAACAAUUAUUAAUAAUAAUAAUAUAAAUGUGUGGUUUGUAAAUAGUUCAUGUGGUUAUAAAGGUGUAGCAUUAUCAUAACUACGGUAAUUAUGAUGAUAUAAAUGUGUGGUUAGUAAGUAGUUCAUGUGGUUAUAAAGGUGUAACAUUAUCAUAACUACGGUAAUUAUGUUUAUAUAAAUGUGUGGUUUGUAAGUAGUUCAUGUGGAUAUAAAGGUGUAGCAUUAUCAUAACUACGGUACUAUGUUGAUAUACAUGUGGGUAGUUCAUGUGGUUAUAAAGGUGUAACAUUAUCAUAACUACGGUAAUUAUGUUGAUAUAAAUU